UUAAAUCGGAUAAUGCCUUCAUCUCCCUCUCUCUCUAGCUGCACACAAUACACGAGGGAAACAACAGCUUCCCAUUGUCGCACUGUAUGUUAUCGUUGGAGCAUCACAUCAAGAUAAGAAAGAAAAUGCCUAAUAUACUGUAGCCAAAAUAAACUCCUGGUGAUCUUAGUAAAAAAAAAACCACAACAAAGAAGUCAAUAUAAGUUUUAUCGUAUUCUUUCCGAGACAUUGAUCGGAAGCCAAGCUGUGUUGAACUGGAAUGCGCUGGCUUCGUUCAGCAUAAGUUGCUGGAAACUCUUCAACUCAGCAAAUGCAGAUGCAUAAACACAAGUGUAAUUAAUAUGUUCUGUGGAAAAGUUCUAUGUUCAAAGAGCACUGGAUUCUCUUUCCUAAUUAUGUCAGCUCGGGCCUCUGCAGAUGCGCUCGAUGUUUCAGACUUGCAUUUAUUUCUGUUCAAUUAUUUGUUUGGUUAAUUGGACCCCCGCAUGCUCGAUCCAGAACAAGGCAGUCACGGGGGAAAUACUUUAUUCCUUUUGAUCUGAUGUCUUAAUUCUGCUGCUUAUUUAGUCCUGUAGUUCAGAGAGUCCACAUUUGACAGAACAAAUACAUUAUAUUUAGGUUAAGCAUCAUUUUGGAUUUCUCCAACUGUGAAGAAAAUGAGUUCAAGGUUACGCGAGUGCAUUCUGGAUGACUCUGUCCCCAUCUACUGGUAUGAGAGGGGAACAACCGUGAUUCUGUAUAUGACCUGUGUUAUGUGUGUUUUUAAGUUGGGUUGACAUGUAAAUUUUUUUUUUGUAUUUGAACCUUUUGCAUUGAUUCUUCUAUUUAACUCAAAUAAGCAACACAUAUCUCAAAAGAUUAUUUGAAGCCACAGUUUAAGAAAUGCGGCAACACCUUAAAAAGAUAUCUCCUGCAAUUUAAAGGAUAUUAAGGUAUUCCUUACCCAAUACAAAAAGUAUUUAAUGUUUUAUAUUAUGUGCGUGUGUGUUAGUGUGUGUGUGAGUGCAUGCCUGCAUAUGCAAAUAUUUCAUAACACCAUAGGACAAGUAAGAGCGCUUUUUGCACAUGCUUUGCUUGCUCGACUUGGAUGAAUGACAGCUGCCCUUGUUUUUUUAUCCACCCCCCCUUCACCAGACCAGGGCUAACAUCUUCCCAUUACCCAUCCCCUUUAACCUCUGACCCUGCAGCUAUGAGGGGGAGGCAAUGGGGGGUGGGGGGGCGUUCUGUAACAGCUUUGUCUCAUUUACAGACCAUGCUUUUGAGAAGGAACUGGAAACGAUCUAGUAAGUAUCAGAGUAUGCGUCUGUCAGAUGUGCACAGAAAAGCCCAGCUCUGGCGAGGUAUCGUCAGCAUCAGUCUGAUAGAAGGUCGCAGCCUCCAGCCCAUGGAUGCCAACGGCCUCAGCGACCCGUACGUCAAAUUCAAGAUGGGGCACCAGAAGUACAAGAGCAAGACAAUUCCCAAAACACUGAAACCCCAGUGGAGAGAGCAGUUUGACUUCCACAUGUACGAGGAACAGGGAGGCUACGUGGACGUCACGGUCUGGGACAAAGACGCCGGCAAGAAGGAUGACUUCAUGGGAAGGUGUACCAUCGACCUGUCGCACUUCCCCAAAGAACACACGCACAAGCUGGACCUGCCGCUGGAGGAAGGCGAAGGCGUGCUGGUGCUGUUGGUUACACUCACUGCUUCUGCCGCCGUUUCGAUCUCAGACCUGUCCGUCAACAUGCUGGACGAGAGUCACCACAUCAUGCAGAGAUAUAGUCUGUGGAAGUCAUUCCACAACCUAAAAGAUGUCGGCGUGGUGCAGGUGAAGGUCAUCAGGGCUGAGGGACUGAUGGCAGCAGAUGUCACAGGUAAGAGUGACCCGUUCUGCGUCGUGGAGCUGAGUAACGAUCGGCUGCAGACGCACACCGUCUACAAAAACCUCAACCCAGAAUGGAACAAGGUCUUCACUUUUAACGUGAAGGACAUCCACUCGGUGCUCGAGGUCACCGUUUACGAUGAGGACCGAGACAGAAGUGCAGACUUCCUGGGGAAAGUGGCGAUUCCUUUACUACAUAUCCAAAAUGGAGAACGCAAAGCCUACGCCUUGAAAAGCAAGGAGCUGACAGGGCCAACAAAAGGGGUCAUCUUUCUCGAAACAGACGUGAUUUUUAAUGCUGCUGAGGCUGUGUGUGUCCACUCCACCCGCCAGGUGAAGGCCGGUCUCAGGACGUUGAUUCCCAUCGAGCAGAAGUAUAUCGAGGAGGAACCGAGAGUGUCCAAACAGCUGCUGUUGCGCAACUUCAACCGAGUCAGACGCUGCAUCAUGUUCCUGAUCAACAUCGGCUGCUACGUCAACAGCUGCUUCGAAUGGGACUCUCCCCAGAGGAGCAUCUGUGCUUUUCUACUUUUUGUCAUCGUUGUUUGGAACUUUGAACUCUAUAUGAUUCCUCUGGCUUUGCUGCUGCCUCUGGCCUGGAACUUCGUCCUCAUCGCAUCGGGGAAGGACACCAGGCAAGAUGUGCAAGCAGUGGAGGACCUGCUGGAGGAUGAAGAUGAGGAUUUUGACAAAGAUGACAAGGUCUCUACAAAGGACCCUAAACCAGGCCCCUGGGAGGACAGCCGUGAUAAAAACCAUAUCCUCGAGGAUAUGUUGGCUUCCUGGCACUUUGAGUGGAUCCGAGCGAUGGUGGACUCGGAGAGAAAGGGCUUCAUCAACAAGCUUUAUGCCAUUCAGGACGUGUGCAUCAGUGUGCAGAACGCACUGGAUGAAGUGGCCUCCUAUGGCGAGAGGAUAAAGAACACAUUUAACUGGACCGUGCCUUUCUUAAGCUGGUUGGCUAUUGUGGCUUUCGGAGCAGCCACCACCAUCGUCUACUUCAUCCCUCUACGAUACAUUGUGCUCGCCUGGGGUGUGAAUAAAUUCACCAAAAAGCUGCGGGACCCUUACACUAUUGAUAACAACGAGCUGCUCGACUUCCUGUCCAGAGUGCCCUCGGAUGUCCAAGUGGUGCAGUACCGAGAGCUGAAACUGGAUCCCAAUCCCAGUCCAAAUAAAAGGAAGAAAAACAACCCCGGGUAGAUGACUGAGUCCGCCCACCAUCUCUUCUCCUCUCUCCUUCUUGUGGUCUAUUCCUGGACUCGGAGGAGCAGAGGAAGACGGCUCCGGACGAGCUCCGCUAUCCUUAACUUUUUUCUCCAACUUUCAAUUCGAAAAGCUUUUUUUCUGUCUUAAAUUGCUCAUGACGUACAGUACAGUUUCCUGAAUUGUAAUUUUUGUAGAAAAAAAAAGAAAUAAUCUUAUCACCAUUAAGCUUUAGAUUGAUUUUCAAGGCGAGUGAGGAGGAUGGAUGACCUUUUUCUCAGCCGUGUGCACCACUCACCUUUCUUCUCUCCAUCACUCUGACAGUUUGGAGGAUUUUGUCCAUCUGCUUGACACAUGAGACACGUGUCACACAAUGACUAAAACAAGUGUCAACAUUUAUACUCACCGUCCCAAAAAAAGACAUUUUAAUCAAAAUUACAAGCCUUAUUAUACCAACAUUUUGCAUUGUUACUCUGCAAGUCAACUUUUAGGUCUUUUUUUUUAGAGCAUAUUGUAUUUAUCAAAUGGUUUUGGCAAUAUGUUCAUAUUUUGUAAUUGUUUUUGUCCUGUUUUUUUGUGUUAUUCCUCUCUUGGAUGUGGUAAUGAUGUCAUGUUCACUGGCAGUCAUUUCUAUUGUUCCCACGCCAAGUUGAUUAGCAAUUAUGGUAGUAGCCCCGAGAUAUGUCCUUCUCCACAAACACAAACCUGGACCAACA